CUCUAUCUUAGAGAAGCUACUGCAUUAAUUAAUUUAUUUAAUAUGAAUAAAUUAAAUCAAGGAAAUAACACACAAGAAAAGCAAAGAAAGAUGGCACGCCAAGUAUUUGUCAUUGCCCUUGCUUUCAUGGCUGUUGUUGGGGCAUUUGCUGCCAAUUCUUCACCUUCCGCGUCGCCAUCUUCUUCUCCUGCUGCCAGCCCCGCAGGUGGCCCAGCUAGCUACCUUGCUUUUUCCCCUGGUGUCGAGAGUCCAAAUGAAAGCGAGGACCCAAGUGAGGAACCAAGCGAGGACCCAAGCGAAGGCCCAGAGGCGGACGAACCCGCUGCUGACUCUCUAGAUGCCGACUAUUCUGGUGGUGAUGCCCCUGCUUCUGGCCCUGCUGGUGCUAAUGCCCCAGCAUCCGAAGCUCCUCCAGCCGACGCUGCUGCAUAAACUGCUAAUGACGUUGGUUUAAACUUGUGUGUUGUCCAAAACCCGACAAUGUUUCUUCCUACACUUGGAUUCUGGAUUUAGUUCUGGCUAAAGAACCGACGUCUUGCUAUUUGUCAUCGUUAGCAGUGUUACUGGAUUCGAAUAAAUAUUGGUUUUGGACACAUGUUUUUAUCAUCAUUUUAAUAUUUUAGUGUUUUUAAUUAUGUUCAAAAGAUUAUG